GUCGGGACGUAUGUGGGCGUGGUCUAUUUCGUCAUGUUGCCCGGUGUCGCCGUGUCGACGUGUCUCUUGGUUUUGUUACGUCUGAAUGGUCUCACGUCGAUGCGCGUAACCGGAAAAUGGAGCACGCUGAGUUUCAAGAAAGCGGUGGCCCGCUUUGGGUUCGACGCUCACCAGACCGGAUUCUUUUACGGGAACAUAACGCCGGAAGCGUCGUUUAUCGUUAACUCUGCGACGCUCGUGUUUGUAAACGGGGCCUACUACAAGAGUAAUAGCGCUCUGUAUCGAGGCAUACAAGGUCGUACUCGCAAUUGCUCGGCGAUGUUCGAGCCUUUACAGCGGGUUGCGUUGAUGCCACGCGAUACGUGCACGAACGAGAGCAUUCAAGGCAAACUGAAGGAUUUCCUGCGCUCCGUGCCGUGCAAGGAGGGCGACACUUGUCGUUCACAGCCGGGCUACAACGUGACUGGGCGGCGGUGGCCGCUCGUCGUGCCGCUCGUUGCGAAUUCUCAGUUUACUUUCCGAGUCAACAUCAGUAGCCCGGAGGACUGGUACGCCGUUCUGAUUGGUUGUAGCAUCAGCCCAGUCAAUGCCACGGCCAAUCACACCUGGAAGGACUGUCAGUGGGAUAGGACGCCCAAUGAGAUUCGUCUGCAGUAUAAUAUGUGGCUGGUGAAUGGCAAUCCGAAUGGAGGCGAUAAUUUCUUUACUUUUCAAUUUUCGUUCGAGCUUCAGGGUGUCCUAGAAAUGUGCUUUGUGUUUUUGGUGUUGUACGCUGGCUUGUUGAUGAUUCAUUUCUAUGGUGUGUUCAUGAAGAAAGCUCCUGGACAUACUCUCAUACGAUUAUACACUUCGGCGCUCAUCUGCGAAGCAGUCGGUGUGGCUCUUCAGAGUGUACACUAUAUUAUAUACGGGAUGAACGGAGUCGGCAUUGUAGCCUUACGACACAUCGGUGAUUUAUUUGUGGUGGCGACUCAGUGUCUCUUCAUGUUGCUAUUGUUGUUGAUCGCGAAGGGGUGGACGAUAACGACCGUCUUUCUGAUUCACAAGAAAUACGUGGCUGUAUUGUGGAUCACUUACGUUGUCUUGUACAUCACUCUGUUUGUCGUUAACGCAUUGACGCAUCUGAACGAGUUCUCCGGAAAGAGUGCGUAUCAGAGUAUUCCGGGCGGUUUCAUUCUCGCUCUUCGUUGUCUUAUUCUUAUUUGGUUUCUGUACGAGUUACGGAUAAGUUACCUUCAGGAGAACGUACAAGCAAAGUUGGCUCUGUAUCGUUUCAUUGGUGUGUUCUACACGUUGUGGUUCAUCUAUUUGCCGAUCGCAGUUGGCGCUCUCUCUGACAUUGAUGUGCUCUAUCAGUUUAAGGUCAUUUUUGGUACUUUGCAUUCGGCAGAUUUUCUGUCGUUGGCUGCUAUGGCUUGGCUGUUUUGGCCUUCUCGAUCGAAGGCCUAUUUUAAGCUGACGGUUCCCGAGAAUCGAAAACUUCUAGAGUCGAUGAAUUUUGGUACGAUUUGAUCACAAUUCGUCUCUAUUUAACUGCAAUUAGAAUACAACUUUGUGGAUAUACUGUCGUUACGGAUUGUUGUACAUACAUUCUAUUGAUAAUUCUGGCCUUUGUAGUUCAUGUGUAAUGUACUGUACAAUUUUUGUGUGCGAGA